AUGGAGAGUAUGGAAUCGCCUUCGUCGGGAACAUUAUAAGCGCCCUGGACCGUGACGGCGCUAAAUACGAGGAUGCUGAUCUGAAGUUUACGACCUCCCAAAACGAGAUUGCCGUGUGGUUUAACGAAUCAGUGGCCCAUCUGUGGGACCUGGUGCUCUGGCUCUCCCUGACCUUCCGCCAGCCGAUGGCGAACACCCUUUGUUUAUCAACAUGCAAAGUGAGCGGCAGUUGCUCUACACUCCGAAAGCUUUCACAAGUGGCGUUGGAUAGUACGAAAUGUUGGUUCGAUCUUUUUGAGGGUGGCUUGAUCGCAGUCCAGCCCGAUACCGUUCUUUCGGGUCGCGAGUCCAUGUUCCUGCAGGCUGACUUUCACCUGAUGCUGCAAAUAGCAGCAGUGGAGUAUCCGGUCUUGGUCGAUGAAGGCCUGGUACUGGUGGGAUACUCAACGGCCCUCAUUCCUGUGAAGCUGAUAGACGACAAAACGAUCCUCUGGCACUUGGAAGUGGCGAAGCAGGAGUCCCAAAUCAAGAUAGAGGAGCUCUCGGCGAUAAAGGGAAGCUGGUUAAAGUUCAAAACCUUGGAUGCCCUCAAGUCAAAGAGGGCCCUCGUUGGCUGGUGUGGAGAAGCCAUUACACUACUGGGAACAGGCCAGUUGCAGACGGUGCAGUGGUCGAAUGCAAAGAUCCAACAGACGACCUGGAGCUUGUCCGGGGCGAACCUGCAAUUUGUGGCCACAUCAACCGCACCCAUGCAGCUUGGAGGGUAGGCAGGUUUGACAUUUGAUAUAACCAUCAACACGCUGCGGUUCAGUGCUGCACGGAACUACCUGAAAUGCUUAAACAGCAG